AUGGCGUCGCCGGCCGUCAGCCCCGACUCGUCCUCCCACGAAGCCCUCUCCUCCGUCAACUCAGCCCCGGCGUGUUCGCCCACCUCCGACUCGGAAAACCUCAGCCCGGAUGAACUGGAGCUGCUGGCAAAGCUGGAGGAGCAAAAUCGGCUACUGGAGGCUGACUCCAAGUCGAUGCGCUCCAUGAACGGCUCGCGAAGGAACAGCGGCUCCUCCUUGGUCUCCAGCUCCUCGGCCUCCUCCAACCUCAGCCACCUCGAGGAGGACACCUGGAUCCUCUGGGGCCGCAUCGUCAACGAGUGGGACGAGUGGAGAAAGAAGAAGGAGAAGCUGCUGAAGGAGCUCAUCCGCAAAGGGAUCCCCCACCAUUUCCGUGCCAUUGUCUGGCAGCUGCUCUGCAGUGCCACCGACAUGCCCGUCAAAAACCAAUACUCGGAGCUGCUCAAGAUGUCCUCUCCCUGUGAGAAGCUCAUCCGGCGGGAUAUCGCCCGCACCUACCCGGAGCACGAGUUCUUCAAGGGACAGGACAGUCUGGGCCAGGAGGUGCUCUUCAACGUCAUGAAGGCCUAUUCGCUGGUGGACCGGGAGGUCGGAUACUGCCAGGGUAGCGCCUUCAUCGUGGGACUGCUGCUCAUGCAGAUGCCCGAGGAAGAGGCCUUCUGCGUGUUUGUGAGGCUGAUGCAGGAAUACCGCUUACGGGAGCUCUUCAAACCCAGCAUGGCCGAGCUGGGGCUCUGCAUCUACCAGUUUGAGUACAUGCUGCAGGAGCAGCUGCCGGAGUUGAACAUCCACUUCCGCUCGCAGAGCUUCCUCACCUCCAUGUACGCCUCGUCCUGGUUCCUCACCCUCUUCCUCACCACCUUCCCUCUUCCCGUGGCCACGCGCGUCUUCGACAUCUUCAUGUACGAGGGCCUGGAGAUCGUCUUCCGCGUGGGGAUGGCACUGCUGCAGUUCAACCAGGCUGAGCUCAUUCAGCUCGACAUGGAGGGCAUGUCCCAGUACUUCCAGAAGGUGAUCCCACACCAGUUCGACAGUUGCCCCGACAAGCUCAUCCUCAGGGCCUUCCAGGUCAAGUACAACCCCAAGAAGAUGAAGAGGCUGGAGAAGGAGUACGCCGCCAUCAAGAACAAAGAGAUGGAGGAGCAGAUCGAGAUCAAGCGCCUCCGCACCGAGAACCGCCUGCUGAAACAGCGCAUCGAAACCCUGGAGAAGGAGAGCGCGGCUCUCGCCGACAGGCUCAUCCAGGGCCAGGUGACACGGGCGCAGGAGGCGGAGGAGAACUACAUCAUCAAGCGAGAGCUGGCGGUGGUGAAGCAACGAUGCACCUCGGCCACUGAGAACCUGCAGCGUGCCCAGACCACCAUCCGUCAGCUGCAGGACCAGCAGGGGAACCCACGCUUCAGCGAGGAGUUUGUCACCCACCUGGAGACGGAGCUGGAGCAGUCGCGGCUGCGGGAGAGCGAGACCCUCGGCGCCCUCAAGGAGAUGCAGGAUAAAGUCCUCGACAUGGAGAAGAGGAACAGCCUGCUGCCGGACGAGGACAACGUGGUGCGGCUGCAGGAGGAGCUGCAGGCGCUGGCGCUGCGCGAGGCCGAGGCCGUCAAGUCGCUGACGGAGCUGCAGCAGCAGGUGAAGGACCUCAGUGACAGCUGGCAGGCGGGCCGGGCAGGCGGGCGCUGGAAGGAGUCCCCGCGGCGGAGCAACGCCAACGCGCUGCAGGAGGCCGUGGUGGCGGCACGGCUGCGGGAGGCCCAGGCCCAGGCCGAGCUGCGGGCGCUCCCCGGGCGGAGCUGCGGCCUGCGCCAGCGGGUUCUGCAGCUUGAGACGCAGGGCCAGAUCCAGCGCACGGUGCUGGGCCGGGCGGAGCAGACCUGCGCGGGGCUGCGGGAGCAGCUGCGGCUGGCGGCAGCGCAGAGCAAGGGGCUGCAGGCGCAGCUCAGCGAGAGCCACCGCAAACACGCCGAGGCCCAGUGCAAGAGCAAGGAGGAGGUGAUGGCGGUGCGGCUGCGCGAGGCCGACAGCAUGGCGGCCCUGGCCGAAAUGCGACAGCGCGUCGCCGAGCUGGAGAUCCAGAUCCGGCUGCUGCGGGGGCCGCUGGCCUUCGGGGCGGUGGGGCUGGGGACACGCCUGGGGGACGAGGACUCUCUGGGUUCCUCCGACGAGGAGCUGCCACCCUUCGCCCUGACCCACGGGGACAUCAGGGACCUCGGGGACCUCGGGGACAUGGGAGACAGCAGCGACAGCGAGACCGAGGGGGCACCCACGGCACCGUGA